GGUGGCGAGCGCGCGGGCGGAGCGGCGCCGGGAGCCCGAGCGGAGCGAGCCGGGGCGGUGGCGGCCUGCGAUUGUGAGAUGGGAACUGAGAACAAUGGAAUAAUUCCCAAGGAAGAAAUUUCUGAAGAUUCUGAACCAUGCUAUGCAACAUUAGGAAAACAUUCAAAAGUGGUUUACCAGGGUCAUGAUUUUAGAGCAACAUGUGAAAAAGACAUGUUGGGGGGACAUUUGAGAGAGUCCACAGAAAAAAUUAUAGAGCACAUGUCUCCUCAGAAGAGAGACUUUGUGUCAGGAUUGAUUAUUUUUAAGAAAUCACCCUCAAGUGAAAAAGAUGAGGAAAAUAGUGAGAGUGAGAGAAUCCAUAGUCUCAGCUCAGAUUUGGUCACAUUUGAGGAAGAUACCACAAUAGAGGAGAUUAGUACAUUUGUUACUUCUGGUCAAAAUUUCACAGAGAAUUCAGAACUUAACAAAACACAGAGAUGUUCUGUGGGAGAAAAAUCUCAUAAAUGUAAAGAAUGUGGGAAAGCCUUCAAUCAGAACUCACAUCUUAUCCAGCAUAUGCGAGUUCAUAGUGGAGAGAAACCCUUUGAAUGCAAGGAAUGUGGAAAAACAUUUGGAACUAACUCAAGCCUUCGAAGGCACCUGAGAAUUCAUGCGGGGGAGAAACCCUUUGCUUGCAAUGAAUGUGGAAAGGCUUUCAUUCAAAGUUCACACCUUAUUCACCAUCAUAGAAUUCACACCGGGGAGAGACCAUAUAAGUGUGAAGAGUGUGGUAAAGCUUUUAGUCAGAAUUCAGCCCUUAUUUUACACCAGAGAAUACACACUGGAGAGAAACCAUAUGAAUGUAAUGAAUGUGGGAAGACCUUUAGGGUUAGCUCACAACUUAUUCAGCAUCAGAGAAUUCACACUGAAGAAAGAUAUCAUGAAUGCAGCGAGUGUGGCAAAGCCUUCAAACAUAGCUCAGGCCUUAUAAGACACCAGAAAAUUCACACUGGAGAAAAACCAUAUCUGUGUAACGAAUGUGGAAAAGGUUUUGGUCAGAGUUCUGAGCUUAUUCGGCAUCAAAGAAUACAUACAGGUGAUAAGCCCUAUGAAUGUAAUGAAUGUGGAAAAACGUUUGGCCAGAACUCUGAGAUUAUUAGACAUAUUAGAAUCCAUACUGGUGAGAAACCCUAUGUGUGUAAGGAAUGUGGGAAGGCCUUCAGGGGGAACUCAGAACUUCUUAGACAUGAGAGAAUUCAUACUGGAGAGAAACCUUAUGAAUGCUUUGAAUGUGGAAAGGCUUUUAGGCGGACUUCCCAUCUUAUUGUCCAUCAGAGAAUUCAUACUGGAGAGAAGCCUCAUCAGUGUAAUGAAUGUGCAAGAACAUUUUGGAAUGACUCAGAACUACUACUUCACCAGAAAAUUCAUGUUGGAGAGAAACCUUAUGAAUGUAACGAAUGUGAGAAAACUUUCAGCCAGCAUUCCCAACUUAUCAUUCAUCAGAGAAUUCACACUGGAGAGAAACCUUAUGAAUGCCAAGAAUGUCAGAAGACUUUUAGUCGGAGCUCUCACCUCCUCCGACAUCAAACUGUUCAUUGUAUGGAAUAAUCUGAUUGUUCAUAAUCUGUACCUCAAGUUCUCAGAUCAUAUGAAUGAUUUUCAAACAGUAGAAAAGGGUUAGAUAUUGUUUGGACAUUGAAAAAUUUAAUAUGUUGAGUUAGAUCAUAAAAACUGUUUCAAGCA